AAUACCAGUGGGCCAUAGAAAGAACUGGGCCGCGAUUUGAAACAGCCCAAUCAUUAAACGCUAGAAACAGACUUCAUCUUUUACCUAGGGUUUCAUUUAACUUCCUACAGCAGCUCUUCUUCUCUGAAAGUGAAGCUGAGCUCCGUUCGUCAAAAUGCCGUCUCACAAGACGUUUAUGAUUAAGAAGAAGCUGGCGAAGAAACAGAGGCAGAACCGACCGAUUCCUUACUGGAUCCGGAUGCGCACCGACAAUACCAUCAGGUACAAUGCCAAGCGCAGGCACUGGCGCCGGACUAAGCUAGGGUUUUAAGAUCUAUCUGGAUUUCAACGUCUCAGCUUCGAAUUGCAGUUUUUUGCUCCUUUUCAGUUCAGUUGUAAACUUUGAAGAGUAAUUGAAUUAUGGGUAUGUUUCUUUGAGAAUCUAGUUGUUUAGGAUUUUACAUUUUGCUGGAUAUUGAUUACUGCCAAGUUCUUGUUAAUCUGCUUUUGUUCAAGUCAAAAAAAUUUCAACACAAAA